AAAUGACAUCAAGUAGUUCACAUAAUAAGAUGAUUUCAGAGUUUCUCUCAGAACAGAUUGAGACCCAGGACGUGUACCCUGAGUUGGUUGAUGAAUUACAAAAACUGGUUUCGUCUCCACUUGUUACAGAAUCAGAGUUUCCAGCGACAUUUCUUAAAUGUCUUGGCUCAUCAGGAAUAGAAACUAAGUUGAAAAACUGUGUGUAUCAUUUGAUGCGAAGCAAGGGUGUGGAGAAAUGGAUUCAAGAAUUAACAACUGGAAGACUUAGGGAACCAUUGGCUUAUGUGGCAAAAAUACAGGCUCAAUGGGAGAAACGGGUUUUGAAGAGCUUGAAUUCAAUGUGUAUUGAGCUGGGUCAAACAUUAGCUAAACCACGCUGCCAGGUGGAACAGCAAGAAUAUAUAAGUCAUUGGGAGGAUUUAUCAGCUUUGGAAUUAGAACUUUCUUUAUUUCGUCCUGUUUAUUCAUCUAAGGAUUUUCUGGAGGUUAUCAGUCAGGUGCAUUCUCCCAACCAGAAUAUUCAAGGAGCCAGGGGGAUGGGUCAACCUUUCGGACUAAUCCAGAUUCAGCUUGAAACAGCUGAUUUGAAUGAUUUAACGGAGAAGUUUCAUGACUUAAGUCUGGCACAACCCAACCUGGGCGUAUUACAGCCUGAUGGUCGAGCUGACCAGCUGGAGCAGGAGAUCUACCAGCUGGGUCUUAAAGUUCUAGACAGGAAUCAUGCUCCAUUAGCGCAGGAAUACUUGAAAAGAGGAUGUCCUCACAGUUUAAGAGGAUGUGUAUGGGCUCAGGUAUUAGGAUGCGAGAUCAUAGAGAAAGAUAUUGUGACCUACAAUGAAUUGAGAGAAGCUGUUAUAUCUACAGAUAUUAUGUUGGACAAACUCAUUAUAAAGGAUAUUGAGUUGAAUGCUGCAAAUGAUGAUCAAUAUUUUAUAUUUGAUGAUAUGGUUUAUAAAACUAUGCUUUGUUUCAGUAGAGAUACCCAGGUUGCUGAAAUGUUCUCUUGCGGUUCAGCUAAUCCCCCCAAAGGAGUUUUAAGAGGUAGAGGAGGGCUCAGUGAAAACCAAGUACUAUACCCUCCCAGCGGUGUGAUUCCGUUCCAUGGGAUGUCAAUGUUCUGUGCACCUUUCUCCUACGUAUACACUGACCCUGUACAGUUGUACUUCGCCUUCAGAGCUAUGUACCUUAGAUUCUGGUUCCGACUUCAUCAGAUAUCCUCUCACCCCCAAUCCAUUCUUGGUCUAUGCGCUUUAUUCGAGAAUAUUCUUCAGCGUCAUGAACCCGAGCUUUGGUCACAUUUUCUGUCGAUUGAUGUCCAGCCAACUAGAGUAGUUUUCAGAUGGAUAAUGAGAGGUUUCUCUGGGUACUUUGCUCCUAUUCAGCUACUUUCUCUCUGGGAUCUAAUCAUUGCCUACGAUUCUAUGGAGAUCCUGGCAUUGCUGUCCGCGGCCAUUUUGAGCUGGAGAAAGGAAAACCUGUUCCGAGUCAGUAAUCUUGCAGGAGUUGAAGGGGUUUUAGGAGACCUGAACUCAAUAUGCUUGGUGUCUUUGCUACAAAUCAUGUUAAGCACGCAUAGACCGGAGAUGAAUAAAUCAAAUUGAUAUAGUGGACACAGGGUGUCCCAAUAAACAUGGGAAUUGAGUGACAAUUUUAAGAUGUCUGUAAAUUGACUUUUUAUUAUAGUUCUAUGUGAAGCCUACUUGGACGCCUAUAAUUCAAUAAAUGUUAAGUCUGUUGUUAAUGUUGUAUUUGAAAAUUGUUGUAUUUAUAUCUAACGUACAAUUGUUCAUUUUCACUCUUCAUGUUGAAGAAAUGUUGAGGCAAUUUAUAUUUUAUCUAUUUUUAACACCUGUUUUCCCUGUUUUAUCUGAAAAUACAAAAAAACAUACGUUUUCUUUAUUAAUCAUGAAAUAUGUUAAAAGAUGGAAUAUGGGAAAAUAUUUAUUUUACUAUUUUUCGAUUUUUUACUCCAAGUUAAAUUUUGCUCAAACCAAAAAUAAAUAUAUAUAUAAAUCACUAAAAAAAAUCCAUAAAAAUCUCUGUUAUAGGCUACGUACGUCCGUUAUAACCGUUUUUGUUCAACCAUUUACUUUUUUCAACCAUGAUAUAUUUUGUUUAGUGUAACCUUAAAUUAUUUUAUAAAAUAAAAAAGUUUACUAUUAAUGUAUUUAUUUAUAACAACUAAAUAGUACAACGUGAAGGUAAAGAUAGAGAUUCGGUAAACAUUCAUAAAAGCAACAUAAAUAUCAAACAUUUUUGUCAAUUAACUAAAAUAUAGAAAAACGUCUCUGUUUCCAUCGCCAGGAUUGUUUGGCACAAAAAUUCACAACUUGCGAA